AUGAGAAAGAGAAGCAAUAACGCCGAAGAACGUAAUUACAACAACAACAACAACAACAGAAACAAAAGAAUAAGAAUGAGCUUUUAUUAUUCAGAUCCAAACUCUAUAUCUAUCUAUGAUUUAUUAAACGCUUUGCAAGCCUCUCAGCAACAACAGCCACCUAAAAGACACGCUGUUCCACAACAACAGCAACAAUAUGCUAGUUUUAAUCCCUAUUAUGGGAUUUAUCCAAACGGUUUAACAUCCAGUUAUGAUACUGAUCCAGUGUAUUACACUCGUCCACGUGCUAGACCGCCAUGUCCUCCACAAACUAAACGUUCUACUCUGAACGGUGUUACACAACAGGAUUAUCUAAAUGCCUUGCUGAGUGCCAUUGCAGGUGGUGCGGUUCCAGAUGAUGUCGCUACUGAAGAGGAAGACAAAAAGAAGGAAGAGGAAGAGGAACAAGAAGGAGAGGAGGAGGAAAGAGAAAGAGAGGAGCAGGAAGAAGGGGAAAAAGAAGCUGAAAGGGAGGAAGAAUUGGAAAAAAACUUACUCACAGGCCAGGAUAAGGAGGAGUUGGCAAGGGAGCAAUUUGCUGAGCAAUUAGGGAAAGAUAUUGCUGAAGAAGAGCAAAAAGAAAAGUUUGCUUCUGUUGCUGCUGCUGCUGCUAAAGAAGCUCCUAGUUUUAGUAAGAGAUUAUCGUUUUCUGAAAAUCCAUCAUCAACCGAGUCUUCAGUAUCUGAACCCAUUCAAGUAUCUAAACCUGAAAUUAGUUUAAAUUUGCCAUUUUCCCCCGAAGUUGAUGUUUAUGAUGCUCCAGAUUUGUAUGCUAUUGUCUUAUCACUACCGGGUUCUAAUUCAAAAGCUUUCCAAAUCGACUUCCAUCCAUCUUCUUAUGAAUUGGUUAUCAAGGGCAAGCACGAUGAAAAGGAUGUUAAUAAAGAUUUGGAUUCUAAGUACUUGAAGGUUUCCGAGAUGAAAACUGGUGCUUUUGAAAGGACUAUUAAAUUUCCUGUUUUGCCUAAAAUUAAGGAUGAGUGUAUAAAGGCAUCUUAUUCGAAUGGGUUAUUGACUGUCAAAAUUCCAAAGGUUGACGGAAGCUCUAAGCCUAUUCCAAAAAGAAGAAUUGUUAUUGAGGAUGUUCCUGAUGAAGAAUUAACUUUUGAAGAAAAUGUUCCUAGACCUAAUACAAUUCUUGAUUGA